UUGCCCAAGCUGGGCUUCAACUUUCCUUCCUCCUGCUUCAGCCUCCGAGAGUGCUGAGAUUACAGGCAUGCACUACUGCACCCAGCCUCUGCGUUGUUAUAUAGCUCCCAAUUGAUUCCAGCAAGCUGCCGGGGUUGAGAUCCAUUGAGUUAUAAGCAAUAUCCCUAAACAAACUCUGAAAGUGGGUUGCUCAAAGAGGUGCAUGGCUGGGUGUGUCCAUCUCCUCAUCAGAGGCUUCCACAAUGGCAGCUGCCUACUGUUGCUAUUUCUUUCGCCAUUCCAAGAGUUUCUUCUCACAGGUCUCCGGGAUCAUGUGGUACAUCAGCACCCGGGGGAUAGCCCCCCGGGUUGACUUUGAGGGGGCCCUGUGUUCUGGCUAUGCACCUGAUGGGGGCCUCUACAUGCCAGAGGAGCUGCCCCAGCUGGACAUAGAGACCCUGCGGCAUUGGAGCUCACUGUCCUACCCUAGCCUGGUGAAGGAGCUGUGCAGCCUCUUCAUCGGCCCUGAGCUCAUUCCAAGAGAGGAUUUAAAUGGUCUGAUCGACCGAGCCUUCAGCAGAUUUCGCUCCAGCGAUGUGGUCCAUCUGCAGAGGCUGAAGAACGGGCUGAACGUGUUGGAGCUGUGGCACGGGGUCACGUAUGCCUUCAAGGACCUGUCCCUGUCCUGCGCAGCUCAGUUCCUGCAGUACUUCCUGGAGAAGAGGGGGAAGCAUGUCACUAUACUCGUGGGAACUUCUGGGGACACAGGAAGUGCUGCCAUUGAGAGUGUUCAGGGGGCAAAGAACGUGGACAUCAUCGUUCUGCUGCCCAAAGGUUACUGCACGAAGAUUCAGGAGCUGCAGAUGACGACAGUGCUGAAGGAGAACGUCCACGUGUUUGGCGUGGAGGGAAACAGCGAUGAGCUGGAUGAGCCCAUCAAGGCCGUGUUCGCGGAUGUGGCUUUUGUCAAGAAGCACAACCUGAUGAGCCUGAAUUCGAUCAACUGGUCUCGGGUCCUCGUGCAAAUGGCCCACCACUUCUUCUCUUACUUCCGGUGCUCUCCUUCCUUGGACACGCACCCACUGUCCCCCGUGGAAGUGGUCGUGCCAUCAGGAGCUGGUGGCAACCUUGCAGCUGGGUGCCUCGCUCAGAAGAUGGGGUUGCCGAUCCGCCUGGUGGCAGCCGUGAACCACAAUGACAUCAUCCACAGAACCAUCCAGCGGGGAGACUUCUCCCUGUCCCCGGCUGUCAAACCAACCUUGGCGUCAGCCAUGGACAUUCAGGUGCCCUACAACAUGGAGAGGAUCUUCUGGCUGUUCUCGGGCUCCAACAGCCAGGUGAUCAGGGCCCUCAUGGAGCAGUUUGAAAGGACCCAGAGCCUGCAUCUACCCAAGGACCUGCACAGCAAGCUUUCAGACGCGGUGACCUCUGUGUCAGUGUCGGAUGACGCCAUCACCCGGGCCAUGGGCCGCUGCUGGGAUGAGAACCAGUACUUGCUGUGCCCUCACUCAGCCGUGGCGGUGAGCUACCACUACCAGCAGAUGGACGGGCGGCAGCCCAGUGCGCCCCGGUGCUGCCUGGCCCCUGCCUCUGCGGCCAAGUUCCCGGAAGUGGUCCUGGCUGCCGGGCUGACCCCCGAGACGCCGGAAGAGAUCCGAGCCCUGGAGCGCAAGGAGACGCGCUGCACUCCGAUGCGGAGAGGAGAAGACUGGACGCUGAUGCUGCGGGACGCCAUCGAGGGCCUAAGCCGGCGGUGGACGGGUCGAUCCUCGAGAGUCUCGGAGUAGCCCCGCUGGAGCUGGCCCCGGCGCGGAGGAAGAGGAAAUGGGGACCCCGAUGUCGGCACACACAGAGAACAGCAUGCAAAGGCACCACCUGCAACUUGAAGAGAAGCCUUAGCCGCCGG